CUAUCCAUUGUUGUAUUGCUAAAUACCCACCCAUUCUCUAUUAUUGAGCUAUCCUCUAUUAAAAAAAAGCUUCCAUUCCAUUGUUUGCUUGCUAGCUGCGACAUUAUUGUUCCUUGGGACAAUAUAUAUAUAUAUAUAUAUAUAUAUAAAGGAAAGAGAGAGUUUGGUGUUUGAGAUCUGCCUGAGAAAUGGCUUCCACGGCUGUUGGGAUGAUGGGUGGUAAUUCUUCUUCUUCUUGGAUUCAUUUGAAGGACUCAAAGAAGAAGAAGAAGAAGAAGAAUAUGAUGAUGAGAAGAAGCCACAAUAAUAAUAGAGUUAAAGUCUCUUGUGUUUCUUCCUAUGCCGUUACCGAUCCAUACUCAACUCUUAGGAUUCAACCAGGUGCUUCCGAAUCUGAAAUCAAGAAAGCUUUUAGACAACUUGCUCUCCAGUACCAUCCGGAUGUUUGCAGAGGAAGCAAUUGUGGGGUCCAUUUUCAAAGCAUUAAUGAAGCUUAUGAUAUUGCGAUGAGUAAUUUGAGAGGUGAAUCAACCACACCAGAGAUAGAGGCUUACGAACCGUACGAUGCAGGUAUAGAUGAACCCAUGAGAGGGAUGAACGAUCCUGAUUGGGACAUGUGGGAAGAAUGGAUGGGAUGGGAAGGAGCGGGAAUUCGUGACUACUCGUCUCAUAUUAACCCUUAUAUAUAAUAAGUAAGUUAUUAUGUAUAUAUAAUCCAUGUAUAAGUAUUACACCCAUAUAUACAUCAAUCAAAUUGGUUGGUUGAUGGUUGUGGUGUUGUAUAUAGUGAAAGUGGGUGUAAAAUGUUUUUGUUCUAUGUACAUAGUUGAAUGUCAUCUUAUGGCUUCUUCAAAAUUAGAAGCCUAAUGGAUUUUAAUAUAAUAAGAAACUUUAUGAGUUUAAAA